AGCGCAGACUGCUGGAUAUCUGCUGGAAACCACAGCUUCAGCUCCAUGAUAUAGUCCUUCCCCAGCAUUAUAUGUCUCAAGAGGAGGAUCGCUACAACCAGCAGGGGAACGUAAGCGUGGAACAGGAAGAACUUGAACCUCCAUGGACUAAAGAGGAGCAGGAAGAGCCAGGGCCUUCUCAGAUCAAACAGCAUGAAACAGAACUUUUGGAGAUUAAAGAAGAACAAGAAGAGUUCUGCAUUACGCAGGAUGAAGAGCAGCUUGAUCUGAAGCAGGAGACUGAUACUUUUAUGGAGAUUCCUAUUUAUGACGAAAAUGAGAACAGUGAAGCAGAUCUAAACAGCCAGCAGAGCUUUAUUGUAACUGAUAGUCAGGAUGAAGAAGGAUACCAGAGACUUUCCCAUAUGAACUCUAGUAAAAGUACAAGAAUUACUCAUAAUUCCCACAAGAGAACUGAGGGUAAUAAAAGACAUAUCUGUAAAGAAUGUGGUAAAAGUGUUAGGUCCUGGUCUCAGCUCAGAUAUCACAUGAGAACCCACACAGGAGAAAAGCCCUUUUCUUGCAAAGAAUGUGAUAAAAGUUUUAGUCAAUUUUCUCAUCUCAAAACACACAUCAGAACUCACACCGGCGAGAAGCCUUUUACUUGCAAAGAAUGCGAUUCAAGUUUUAGUCAAAUAUCUAGUCUCAAAAGACACAUGAGAACUCACACAGGAGAGAGGCCCUAUUCAUGUGAAGAAUGUGAUAGACGUUUUAGUGAAAAAUAUGAUCUCACAAAACACAAGAGAACUCAUACGGGAGAAAAGCCUUUUUCUUGUCCAUGUGGAAAAAAAUUUAGCAAAAAUUCCACUCUUAAGAGACAUAUCAGGACUCACACGGGAGAAAAACCUUUUACGUGUCAAUAUUGUAAUAAAAGUUUUAUACAAAAAUCUAAUCUUGUAACCCACAUGAAAAUUCACUUGGAAGAGAAGCGUCUUUCUAGUCAUAAAUUUAACAAAGAUUAGAUCACUAAAAUCUCAGAAAACACUGCAAUUGCGGACCACUUGUUAUGUAAAAGACAAUAAGGGUUUACCUAGGAAAGAGGAAAUUGUAAUAUUUUUAAAGUUACAUAUACUAUCACACACUACCAAAGGUACGUAAAUCUGUUUUAAUGUACAUGUUACUUUGUUUGAUCAGCCAGCAAAGUGCCGUGAUCUGAUCUUACAAAAAAAUCUAUGAACUGUUAUCAAGAGGAACACCAUACCCAAAAAUUAGGAUGACUUGAUGUCAACUAUGAAAGCAACCUGAGCUUUCAUUAAAUGUACACAAAGCCACAGGCUGAUGAUAGUUUGUGGUAUGGAAACUUCAACAUUCUUACAUUAAACAUUCGAAUAUAUAUUGUGAUUUUCUAGAUGCAAAUUUUUAGAUUUUCAUCAUUUUUAAGCCACAGUCAUCAUUAUCCCUAGAAUAAAUAUUUUUGUUUAUGUGUAAUGGUUCUAUACAAUGAAUUUCACUUUCAUUAAGAACUAACAACAGAAUUAAAUGUUUCUUGUAAUUUAAUUAUAUUGCACCAACAUGUAAAUAUAGAUGUGUUGCUAUGAAUUGCAACUGCUGUAUCUUCUGACUUCCACCAGUAUAAACAUAUCAUUAGUCUCUGUCUUGGCAUUUUUCAUUCAUUAGAUUUUAUUUCAGCAAUUUUUAAAAACGAACGCUAAAUUUUUGUUGAUUAAUGAUUAUUAGUCAAAUUUUGUAAUAUUAUCAUGUCUUGUUUACAGUUGUUAAGUCAACCAUUAUGGUCGUCUUCUAUGGUGAGACUGAGCAUGUUGUCUUAGUCUGUCCUGGAAAUACAUUUUCUACUUGUAUAAUUCUAACAAUUUAUUUUUUUAUUUAAUAUUAUAAGUGUAUAUUUUAUUUACCUUAAUAUACUUGUAUAUUGAUCUAUGUGCAUAUUUAUUGCAUAUUUACCAGAUACAAAAAGUAGUGGCUGUGCUUUAUGAUGACUCAUGUGAGUAAAUAUCUGUUUUGUGAGAAAACAAUUCUCAAAAAUGUAUUAAAGACUGACUCCUAUGAAAA